AUGUACAAGGUCAUUUUCCUGACUUUAGUGGCAUUCGCUGUGGGACUCAAAAAAUUCGAACCCAUCAAGCUUGUACCGGUACGUGAGACCAAAUUAUUUAAGGCUAGCGACGGUCCUUGCCAAGAUGGUGUGAAUAAUGUGAUCGAGUUGGCUGACACGGGAGACUACAACAUUCAAACAGAAGGUCUAACCAUUCAGACCUACGAUGCCGAAUUCAAUCCAAGUUGUAGCAAUGGUCGUGCCAAGAUAUCACUUCCGGGAAUCAUUACUCUUGCCAAAGGAAAAAUCAUUGUUCGCCAAGCUUCGGAUUUGGAGCACAUGCGCCAGUUGCUGCUGUACUAUACCCUGAAGGGUAAUGUAGGCGAUAUUUGUGUAAAUGGACAUCCACGAGGUCCUUUGAGGGCUGCAGCGCGAAAUCCUUGUCGUUACGACAUUAGUCCAGUUGGUAAGAAGCUUCCACUGGGAUUCUAUCAAAUGCUAAGCAAACCGGGCACUUAUGACUUGGAGGAAAUUGCUGAAGCUGGUGGCAUUGCAACAAUCAUACCUAUGGAUUACUUCCCACAGGCUUAUGUAAGUGUACAAAAUACAUAACC